AUGUUUGGAAAUAGUGGCGGCGGCUCCGGGGGCUCAGGCUUCUCUUUUGGAGGCAACUCAAACACCACCAGUACCGGUGGUGGCUUUAGUUUUGGCGGAAGUAACAAUGCAACAACAACAACCACAGCACCAACAUCAACAGCAUCCGGAGGAUUGUUUGGAGCUAAACCUUCCACAGGAGGUUUUAGCUUUGGAAACAAUAGUAAUACCAAUGCUACCAACGCUACCAACACUGCAAAUUCAGGUACUGGUUUGUUUGGAAGUAACAAUGCAAACAACAAUAAUACUGCUAAUAAUACUGCCGGCACUGGUGGUGGGUUAUUUGGAAAUACAAACAAUAACACUGCUAACACUAGUGGUGGAGGAUUAUUCGGUAACAAGACUGCUACUGCUACCAAUACGAGCUCUGGUGGACUAUUUGGUGGCAAUAACAACACAACUAACACAGGCUCUGGUGGAUUGUUUGGCCAAAAUAACUCCUCUACUACUACUGCAAAUAAACCAACUAUUGGCACCGGAGGAGGGCUAUUUGGUAACAAUAAUGCUUCAACCACUACAACUACUGGUACCAGCGGUGGAUUAUUUGGUAACACUAAUAACUCGACUUCUACAACUGCUGGGACUGGUAGUGGGUUAUUCGGCAAUAAUGCUUCAAAACCUACUGGUGGUUUAUUUGGAAACGCUAAUAAUUCGACUUCUACAGCCACUGGAACCGGUGGUGGGUUAUUCGGCAAUAAUGCUGCUUCUAAGCCUGCUGGUGGAUUAUUUGGUAACAACAAUGCUGCUGGUACUACUGCCACAAAUACCACAAAUCAAACUGCGAAUGGUUUGUUUGGAGCCACUAAUCUGUCAACUAACAAUCAACCAUCUUUUGCAUGGACUCAGAAUCAAAACAUGAAUAUUAACCAGCAGUCAUCAGUCAACAAUCCUACAAUAAACGCAUUACAACUACAACGCCAACAACACCAAUAUCAGCAGAAUUUAAAUAACUAUUCCAACACUAUUCUUGAACAAUUAUUGAAGAUUAAGAAUUCUUGGGAUCCAAACGCCCCAGACUCUGCUCUCAGUACAUAUUUUUACAACAAAGUUCAAGAAAGUGAAGUACUGUCUUAUGUUAAGCCGGACAAUGUUAGUCAAGAAGAAUGGAAUGAUGCGAUGAAAAAGAGACCAGAUAAUAAUACUUUUGUCCCAGUUAAGGCAUCAGGCUUUGAAGGUUUGAAGAAAAGAAGUGUUGCGCAAACUACCCAUAUUGCGCAAUCCAGAAUAAUUUUGAAAGAAAUAGAAACUAAAACCAAGAACUUGGGCGAUAAGCAUGACUUGGACUCGAUUACUAGAAUAACAAAUUGCAAGAAUAAACAUCAGCAAUUAUCUAAGAAGCUUUUGGUUUUGGGUUGCAAGCUCUCAAUAUUGAAAUCAAAAGGUUAUUCUUUGAGUCCAGAAGAGGAGAUUUUGAGUGAAAACUUCAAGAAACUCAUCAAGGUGAUCAAUGAUCCUGUUGGAUUGGGUAGACUCAAUGAGUUGUGGUCUCGCUUGGCAAUAGUUAAGGAAAGAAGCGAGUUGUUAAGCAACCAGUUGAAUAAUAACUUGUCUAUUGGGAAGAAUGAUAGCGGCUUCGAUGAGUUGCAUGAAGAAAAGGAAUUGCAGAUGAGGAAACUUACUGAAAUCUUACAAAAACAACAGCACGGGAUUCAAUAUUUGGCCGAAGUUUUGGAAGCUGAUGGGAAAACUUUGGAUACUUUGAUUGCAGAAAAGGUGAAGACCAAAAAAUAG